AUGGAGAACUUCCCUGUCAUCAACUUGGAGAAUAUCAAUGGUGAGGAGAGAAAGGUUAUCCUAGAGAAAAUUGAAGAUGCUUGUGAAAACUGGGGGUUUUUUGAGUUGGUAAAUCAUGGAAUACCUCUUGAACUUUUGGAUACUGUGGAAAGGUUAACAAAAGAGCAUUAUAGGAAAUGCCUGGAGCAAAGGUUCAAGGAGGCAGUGGCAAGCAAGGGGUUAGAGGGUAUCCAAGGUGAAGUAAAGGACAUGGACUGGGAGAGCACCUUCUUCUUGCGCCAUCUCCCAGAUUCCAACAUCUCUGAAAUUCCUGAUCUUAGUGAAGAGUACAGGAAGGCAAUGAAAGAAUUUGCACAGAAAUUAGAGAAACUUGCGGAGGAGUUGCUAGACCUUCUGUGUGAAAAUCUUGGAUUACAAAAGGGGUACCUGAAGAAAGCCUUCUAUGGAUCAAAGGGUCCAAAUUUUGGCACAAAAGUAGCAAACUACCCUCCGUGUCCGAAGCCAGAGCUGGUGAAGGGUCUUCGUGCUCAUACAGAUGCAGGUGGGAUUAUCCUUCUCUUGCAAGAUGAUAAGGUCAGUGGCCUGCAGCUUCUGAAAGAUGGUCACUGGGUAGAUGUGCCUCCAAUGCGCCACUCCAUUGUUGUUAACCUUGGGGACCAGCUUGAGGUAAUCACCAAUGGGAAAUACAAGAGUGUAGAGCACCGUGUGAUUGCUCGAACUGAUGGGACGAGAAUGUCCAUAGCCUCAUUCUACAACCCUGCCAGUGAUGCUGUUAUCUUUCCUGCACCAGCAUUGUUGGAGAGAAAAGCAGAAGAGAUAGAAAAAGUAUACCCAAAAUUUGUGUUUGAGGAUUACAUGAGGCUCUACGCUACACUGAAGUUCCAACCAAAGGAGCCAAGAUUUGAAGCUAUGAAAAGCGUUAACACAUUUUAG